AUCACAGCUCACAUUCAUUGUGAAAAGUGAGGUCUGACCUUGCAGAAGAAACCCUUUGACUGUUUUUCCCUCGUCGUUUUGCUUGCUCGUUUUCCCUUCGUGCCUUGUCACCAUGCGUCUGUUAACGAAGAACAUAUUCACCAUCCCCUUCAUGUUUGCAAUCCUGUGUCAUUUCAUCGCCGACAAUCCCUCUUACGCUGGGGUAUGUUGGCUCCAACAAGGAAGAAAUGGAAAAUGCCAGGCUUUAUCCAUGACAAGGAUUGAUCGAGAAGAGUGUUGCAGCAGUGGAAGUGCUCAAGCUGCUUGGACAAGCCAUGAUAUACCAGAGAAUGACAUUUUAAAACUUAUAAUUCUUGGUGGAAUCAAUUGCUUCCCAUGUCACAAAACUUGUGAGGGUGUGGAUUGUGGACCUGGGAAGAUUUGCAAAAUGAAUAAGCAUAACAAGCCAACAUGCAUCUGUGCGCCUGACUGUUCCAAUGUCACAAAGAAAGUACCUGUGUGUGGAACGGAUGGUAAAGUCUACAAGGAUGAAUGUGCCCUCCUUUUGGCAAAGUGCAGAGGACUGCCAGAGCUAGAAGUGCAGUAUCAAGGAGAAUGCAAAAAGUCAUGCACACAGGUUUCAUGCCCGGGUACCUCCAUGUGUGUGAUAGAUCAAACCCACAGUGCACACUGCGUGAUGUGCAGAGUGAUGCCUUGUCCAGAGCCAUUAUCAUUUGAACAAGCACUUUGUGGGAACAAUGGUAUUACCUAUCAUAGUGUGUGCCAUCUGAGACGUGCUACUUGCUUACUGGGAAAAUCCAUUGGUGUUGCUCACUAUGGGAGAUGCAAUGCUUCAGCAGAAGGGAUCAAGCAAAAAGGAGACAAUCAAGAUAAUACGGUGUUUUCGAAACUUCUUCUUGGAUGGUAGUUUAUAAUGAAUCAAGAAGUUACAAGCAGAGAAAGAAAAGACAUUGGGGCAAAAAUUCCUCUGGGCAUUAGAGUAGUGCCUGUAUUAUGUGAGCACUAAUACAUAAGUCAUUUGAACUUUUAGUGCUAUCAAAAUAUCCACUCACUCCUUCCUUUCCCUUUCACUUAUGUGACUCAUUUGUCAUCACAUGUUAAUGCAUAGACUAGGCCUCAAGACUUAUCACUUCCAAGGGCUCACUAAGGCACAACUAAAAUUGCUUGUGCGCAAAUAUUCAUGUUAGUUUUAAUGUUUAACCUUUUAAUUAUAAGAAUUGGUGCUAAAAUGACUGAGUACUGUUCGAGAUUCAGCAGUAGUUAUUAUUAAACAUGAACAAUUCAGGAAUGUUUCUGUGCACACUGCAACAUGGGCUUUGCAUCAAGUGUGACACAGAUAGCAUAACAGAGGAAGAGCAAGAGCAAGAGCAAAUGUCUUGGGAGGUUCAAGAGUAUCACAACUUUGUAUUGCUAUGUCAUCACUGUACAGAAGAUCAUUAAUGGCACCUGCUGAGCAGAAACACUAGUAUCACCCAUGCCAUUUUAUAGAAUUAUGCUUGCCAUCUAGCAACAAUCUACAGUGCUUUGUUACUUAUUGUUAAAUCUUGCAAUUCUUUUUCAACGAAUACUUGAUUAGCCAGCUUUGUAGUUCACUUGUGAAUUGCAGAGAUCAUGGGUGGCCUGUUUCACAAUACAAAUGCCAUUUAUCUGGAUGCAGCACUGGUAGCUUUUCUUAACAAACAUGUGGCAUCUCAUGCUACAAGGUUCCAUUAGCCGUAGUCAUGUCGCCAUUUAUGUACCUAUAUCCAAUAACAUUUGGCUAAUAAGCAGAAGUGGGUAAAUUAUGAUCACAUACAAUCUUUCUGAUGCCUUAAUGUUAAGUCAGCCUUGUUAUUCAAAUGUUCUGCCUGUAAUCCUUAAAGCACUUUGUCUUUUAAUUAUGUUACAACAUAUGUAUAUAAGGAUAGUGUGCCACUUUGCUCUAACGUUGUAUCUCAUGCACACUGAGAAUGGCCUAAUGGUCAACAGAAAUAAGGAAGAGGGUGUUAGUAUGUAGUAUCUUAGGACAAUCCUUUUAUAGAGUCAUAGCGAUGUACAGCAAGAAAACAGACUCUUUGAUCCAAUUCAUCCAGGCUGACCAGAUAUCCUAAUUAAUCUAGUCCCAUUUGCCAGCAUUUAGCCCAUAUCCGUCUAAACCCUUCCUAUUCAUAUACCCAUCUGGAUGCCUUUUAAAUGUUGCAAUUGUCCACUUCUUCUGACAGUUCAUUCCAUAGAUGCACCACACUCUGAGUGAAAAAGCUGUCCCUUAGGUCUCUUACGAAUCUUUCCCCUCUCACUUUAAACCUAUAUCCUUUAGUUUUGGACUCCCUUACCCUUGGGAAAUACUCUGACUAUUCAACUUAUCCAUGCCCCUCAUAGUUUUGAAGACCUAUUUGAAACUAACUCAAAUACACUUGUUCCUGCAAUAUUUUGCUAUGUAUUUUCAGGGUCUAGAGGCCCAUGAUACUAAAGGACCGAAAAUAACUCAAAUUGCCCACCUAAACCUAUGCUGCUAGGUGGCCUUUGUUAUUUAGAAUUCAAGUCCAGGUAUCCAUUGCUUGUUGUGAGAAUAGAUGAUCAAAUUUAUAUAAAAUUAAUCCCUUAACAUCGUUGUGUGAAUUGUAGCUGCUCACAUACUGGAGGUAACCUGUGGACAUAAAUUGAAGCAACAACAUUCAUGAGACAGUACGUGGGGAUUUCCAUACAGAUAUUAUGAAUGUUGCUUGCUAUACGUGGCAUUUCUGUUUCCAGUGUAGAAUAGAAUGAUAGACUUGCUAACUAUGCCCUACUUGGCAUUCCUAGUGUUUUGCAGGGACACAAGAGACAAGAAUGUACAUACAAUUCUUGCUUUUGCAACACUUUAUGUUUCAUAGCCAACUCCAUGAGAUUAGAAUCAUAAAGGAACAUAGUUAUAUUAUUUGCUAUCUAUCUGUUGGACCUCCACCCAGUAAUUGGAUAUGUUUGAUUCAAUCAUGAUUAACCCUGUUUAAUAUUGAAAUAAACAAAAACAAAAUACUGUGGCUGCCAAAGAUUUGAAAGAGAAGCAAGAAGUGAUGGAAAAUUCAGCAAAUCUAGAAGUAUCUGUGAAGAGAGAAACAAAGUUAGAACAUAGAACAUAGAAAAAUACAGCGCAGUACAGACCCUUCAGCCCUCGAUGUUGCACCAAUCUAAGCCCACCUAACCUACACUAGCCCACUAUCCUCCAUAUGCCUAUCCAAUGUCCGUUUAAAUGCCCAUAAAGAGGGAGAGUCCACCACUGUUACUGGUGGACUCAGUACAAAGUUAAUGUUUUGACUCCAAUAUGAUUCUUCAGAGAAGUAAUUCACUGUUUCUAGUGCUGUUGAUAAUGAAGAAUAAGGAAAUUUGUAAAUUUUCUUCCUCCAGGAAUUGAGGUCUUUUAUUCACAGGAGUAUGCAACUCCUGAAUGCUCAAUGAGACUGCCACACUUGAAAAGAAUGAGCUUCAUAAAAUCAAUGUCUCAGGCCUAUCUCAAACCCAACAUUCUUGUACAGUGCACCACUAGACAAUGUCAAUAGAUUCCAUGUUUCACAGUGCAAAUUCUUUAGGUUUUAACUGCUGAAUAACAGAUAUUUUGUUGGAUUUUAAAUGAGCAAAUGUGAUGAUGCAACCUGGGACUUGGUUGCCUUUUUCAGUUCAGGCAUUGACCAGCUCAUCAGCGGUCUAUUCUGCAAUCCCUAUGAUGGCUUCCUUAAAAUAGAGCUACAGCAGCUGAGCAUAACCAAUCUGCAGACACUGCUAACCACUGAAGGCAAAUAGAACCAAUGUGCGUAUUGAAUAUUUGGACCUUGUGUAGUUGGAAGAUACAAUACACUACAGAGUGGAUAUCAUGUAACAUUAUAUAAUUGUUAACUAAAUGACUGCACUGCAAUGACGUGGCUUAUAAUAUUUAUGCUGUAAUUUCUGAGUUUGUACAAUGAUAUCAAUAUUUCCAAGCGGAUCAGUGGGUAAUGCAUUUUUGCCUCUGAAUUAGAGGUUAUGAGUUCAAGUGCUACUCCAGAAAUGUCACCAUAUUAUCCAAGCUGACAGUCCAGUGCAAUUCUUGAAGAUUGCUGCAUUGUUAAACUUGCCAUCUUUCCGAUGUAUUUUAAACUGACAUCCACCUGCUUAGUGGAAGUGAAAGUUCCCAUGGUAUCCUAUUUUGAAGAAAAACAAGUUAAUUCUUCCCUGUGUCAUUGGCCUUCACUCAGUUUAUCCCUCAAUUAACAAACAGCAGCAGAUUAUCUUGUCAUUGUUUUUCCUACAUUCAACUUUGUACAAUUCCUGCAUAAUACCUGCUAUACUGUUAAUGUUCAUUCGUUUUCCUUGUAUUCCAGUAUCACAAUGCCUUAAUUAUUGUGUAGGCUUGCUGAACUCGUCAUAAAACUAAUUUGGCAUAUAGUUUCAAAGUAUUCAUAUUCAUGUAUUCGUAUUUGGGCAACUCAUUCAUUAUUGUUGCAUUUCUUGCAUCCAUUCAUGUGCUGGGUUGGAGGUACUAUAGACAUUGUGGGUUGUAUUUUCAUUACUGAGGCAGGUAGCUCCAAACAGGAAAUUUACCGAUUUGGUAGAUCUCCUCAAUUUAAAGGACCUCAUAAUGUCCAGUUUCUCCAUGGAGGUGCUGUGGGUUGAAUUUCUUCCUGCCAAACCCAGAUGUAGAUUAUAGAUGGCCACAGGGCAAGAGAGUGCUGAGGUGGACUGUUAGAAGCCAACCUUAAUUCUCCAUUACUUCAGUUGUUUUAGAAACUAUUGGCCAUUUAGCCCUCACAUCUCACAGACCCUACCUUCUCCCAGGCCUUCUCUAUGUCAAUGCAUCUCCAUGCCAUGUUACACCACCAUGAUGUGGAGGUGCCAGUAUUGGAUUGGGAUGGACAAAGUUAAAAAUCACACAACACAAUAUUAUAGUCUGACAGGUUUAUUUGGAGUACAAGUUUUCAGAGCCCUGCUCCUUCAUCAACCAGCCAGUGGGGCUGGAUCAUAGGACACAGAAUUUAUAGUUAACAAUCAAAUUGUCAUACAACAAUGUAUUGAACAAACCUAGAUUACUGUCUUUAAUCACAUCGAAGGGUGAUGCAGGUUUUGAUUCAUUAUUAUGUAAAUCCCAGAACUUCUUUCAACUCACAGUCUUGAGAUAACUUAAGGUUUUAUUUUUAGAAAAAGAUGACAUCUCAGCUCAGACAAUGCAUUAAAGGUGUGAGAUGAGAGUCUGCCUGUACCCUAACCUUGAGUCAGACUAAUUCUAUUUCACCACCAUGAUGACAUUCACCCAGUAUCUUUAAGAGAUAGAAUUUGGAAACUGUAUGAGAAUGGGGAAAAAAAUCUUCAAACAAUCCAAUGGAGUGCUCAAACAUAUGUAUGAUGCAGAAAAAAAACCUCUCAUUCAUGGAACCUAUUCAAAAAUUCUAAAUCCUCUUGUGUUCAAUUUGUUAGAAAAAAACUAACUUCUCAACAGUAACAACAGCAAAGACAGCAAUUUCUAAAAUUGCCUUCUUGAACUGUCAAUCAAAAUAUGAACUCUGUUCCCAAUCUUCCACACAGACCCCCAAAACCACCAUCACAUUUAUGCUUUGAAAUACUUCUGAAGCUUUUGAAACUGAGCCAAGCAUUCUUAAUAAUCUCUGCUGGAAAAACAGCCCUUGGGAAAUGUAAAAGUGAACUCAAUUGAAUCAUCAGAAACAGAUGGUGAUGUUUUCUUUUUACAAAUCCACACCAGAUAACUUGUCAACCAAAGCGGUCCUGGCCUGUUGUCUUUUUUUAAACUCUGACAGUUUCAACUUGUUUUUCUCUAACUUUAAAGAGCCGAUGAUAUAAUAAUGUUAAAUUAUAAGAUGUAAAGACCCAUUAUUUGACAUUCUAGGGAUAAGUAGAUUCCAUUUCACAAAUUUGUGACUCUGACACUGUGGGUUAAGGCCUAUAAAAUAGUGAAAAUGGAGUCUGUUUGAACUUACAUCUAAUUUCAAAUGACCCUGGUGGCCUUUCUCCUGUGUUAUUGACACCAUUUCCUGUCCUCUUUCCCCUGAAGACAAUAAUGAGAUCUGUUGGAAAUGAGGGUGAGCUUCCAUAUCUCAGGCCUGCUUUUCAUUUGCAAAUGUCUCUGGUGUCAGCUCAACUUUGCAAAAAUCCAUGUUUCCAUGUCUGUUGUGUGUAAGUUGCAGAUCUGGCCAGGAGUUUGCAAUCUGUUGUAACCAUUAACAAUCUGUUAUAAUCUCAAGGCCAUUUUAUGUGAAUAGGAGUUUAAGAUCUCAUCUCCCAACCUAGAUGAAUGCUGCUACUUGCAUGAUGCAUGCUUGGAUUGUCAGUGUGUGCCAUUUAGUCCCCUUAAAUGCCAAUUUAGAUAAUUCACAAUUGAUUCAGCAUCAUAACUGCAAGUUUUAUUUUCUGAUAAACUUGCAACUGUGCAUCCAGUGGUUCAUUCUUUCAUAAUCCUUUCUGACUAAGUCUGUGCUUUCCCAUGAAUCCAGGGCAACAAAUAGAAGACUUAUCAUAUUCUUAGUGCACUAAGAGGAAUUUCAACCUUGUUGUGUUUAUAUUGUACAUACUCAUACUAUAUAUUUAUUGUAAGAAAAACAAUGAAGAAAUUACUCCAUUUUAUUUAUACCCUAUUACUGUUUGUCAUAUCCAUCUGAUGUAAUUAUAAUUAUUUUUCUCAAAGUUUACUACUUUUCAAACACAUUUCUAAUUGUAAAAAUUGUGUUUUUCGUAAUAUACCACAGUACUGUUAAGCCAUUUCAACCCUUAAACUAUCUACAUUUGGAAUAUAUUAUCAGUUAUGUAAGGUGAAAGGUGUAUAUACUAAUGAACACGUUGGAGUUGAAAUUGCAUUGUGUGCCAAUGGUUGAUAAAAUUCUUUCAUAAACUGAUCAAUAUGGUCACUUAAGUUGUAAGCAGACAGAUUUAAAUGAAUGAUUAGAUAAAGUGUGGAAACAGGCCCUUCAGCCCAACAAGUCCACACCAACCCACCACCCACCCAUUCCCCUAUGGGCAAUUUAGCAUGGCCAAUUCACCUGACCUGCACAUCUUUGGACUGUGGGAGGAAACCGGAGCAAACCCACGCAGACACGGGGAGAAUGUGCAAACUCCACACAGUCAGUUGCCUGAAUCAGGAAUUGAACCCAGGUCUCUGACGCUGUGAGACAGCUGUGCUAACCACUGUGACACCAUGUCACCCACAUUGCAGCUCAUAUCACACAGUGCAUUUUAACUCACUUCAUUGUAGUAAUCUCCAAACCAACUUAAAUAUUUUGUCAUUACAAUGAAUUUUGUAUUUUAAUAUGCCUAUGUUAUCUUCAUAUUGUAAAAGAACAGGUUCUACUUUGUGAGAAUUAUUGUCUAAAAUUUUACAUCAAAUAUCAUUGGAAUGAAAUCAUGCUUACCUAAAAUUUCUUUGUUGCUAAUUUGUAAAGUCACCCUCAUGCUUCUGCUAAACUGUUGGAGAGAUUUUUUUAAUGCAAAAAUAUAAAUGUACUUAUAACAUAAUGGAAGAGUUGUCCCCAUAUCAUAAACAUUAAUGUCCAAGUACAAAAAAUAUUUCAAUAGAUGAUUUUUUUUGCAUGAAAAUUGUCACAUGCAUCUUUUAGAAUGUAAAGUUUGCCAAUAUGAAGAGUAGAGUUUAGAUUUUCGAUUGUACCUUUUUACCUCUUUGUUGGACUUCUAAUCCCAACUAAUGAAGAUUUAUGCUUAAAAAUAUUGUUGCAAAAAUGGGACAUUGUAGUUUACAAUGAAUGCAGAGUAUUAUGACAUGGAAUAGAUCUAUGCUUAUGAAACAGUAUGAGGAGAAUGGACUUUCUUUUUACCUUGUAUUACUUUUGGUCAUCACAAAUAAAUACUAUCUGUACGCAA